AGGACUCUCUGACAAACAACCAUUUACACAGUCUUGAAAGUUUACUGUCAAUGUACUGAGCAGUUCUGUACUUCAAAAUGCAGACAUACCUUCUUUCCCAGCUAUUUAAUGGUAGCUCUUUGGCAGAAAACUUCACAACUUGUCCAGAAAAUGCUACUAUUUGUGAUGGGACAUCUUGUGUAUUACCAGAAGAUAAUUUUAAUGAAACUUUGAGCGUAGUUUUAAGUACUGUUCUAACAAUUAUGCUGGCUUUGGUGAUGUUCUCCAUGGGCUGCAAUGUGGUACUUAAGAAUUUCUUGCACCACAUAAAAAGACCCUGGGGUAUUUGUGUGGGUUUCCUUUGCCAGUUUGGAAUUAUGCCUCUCACAGCCUUCUUGUUAUCUUUGGCCUUUAACAUCCUUCCUAUUCAAGCUGUCGUGGUGCUGAUCAUGGGAUGCUGUCCAGGAGGCACAGCCUCCAAUGUCAUCGCCUACUGGGUGGAUGGAGACAUGGACCUAAGCAUCAGCAUGACAACUUGCUCCACACUGCUUGCAAUGGGAAUGAUGCCACUUUGCCUCUUUAUUUACACCAAGAUGUGGACUGAUUCUGAUGCAAUUGUACUCCCCUAUAAAAGCAUUGGAACUUCUCUGCUAGCUCUCGUAAUUCCUGUUUCCUUUGGAAUAUUUGUUAACCACAAGUGGCCUAGUAAAGCAAAAAUUAUACUUAAGGUCGGUUCCAUUGUGGGAGCAAUACUCAUUGUGCUCAUUGCUGUGGUUGGGGGAAUACUCUACAAAGGCUCCUGGGUUAUCACACCCAAAUUAUGGAUCAUUGGCACCAUAUUUCCAGCAGCUGGCUAUUCUUUAGGAUUUCUGUUGGCUCGCCUAGCUGGUCUGUCUUGGCACAGAUGUCGUACAGUGUCUCUGGAAACAGGCAUGCAAAAUACUCAGCUAUGUUCAACUAUAGUACAGCUCUCAUUCAGUCCUGCACAACUUGAACUGAUGUUUACUUUCCCACUCAUCUACAGCAUUUUCCAGCUGUUGUUUGCGCUGCUAAUUUUAGGAGGGUACCGUCUUUACAGAAGAUUCCAUGUCAAAACAAAGACAGAUGUCGAGAAAACAGAGCAAAAAGAGGAUUCAACAUCAAAUGCUAAAAUAAAUGAAGGAUUUGUAUCAAAUGAGACCAAAUAGACACUUACCUCUGCUCCCACUAGCUGGAAAGAUAUAAAAUAUGUGGUUUACUUAAAACUUUUUUUUCACAUGCUGUUGGUUUAUGGAAAUAUUUAACAAAAGAGGUUCUGCUGAUAUUUUACAGUAAGAUUUUAAAAUUAACUUAAGAAAGAUUUCUACUUUGAUUUCGAGCAUGGUUCCUGCCACAAUAGUAGAAUCUGGUUUUGAAGCUAAUUCUUCAAAAAUAUGUAAUGUUUUAUUCUGGCUUAUUUAAAGAAAGGCAGAAUAAAGGUGGGCUAUUGCUGAAAAACAAGCAGAUGUAUGUAACACCAAAUCCAGCCCAUGGUCCUGCAAAUCCAUCUGCUAGUUUCAGCCCUCACACUAAAGAAAGAGAAAUCCUGUGAAAGUGCCUGAGCAGCAACAGGAGUUGAUGUGGAAGAUCUGAUAAGGCCAAAUAUGAAUCAACCAUGAAAUUGGAACAAGCCAAUAGUGAAAUAAAAGUUUCAUUCAGGUCAGUGUGAUCAGGCUAAAGUCAUUGCACCUUAUUAAUUGCUUGAACAUUAAUUUAUUCUAAAGCUAUAAUUUUAAUAAGUACAAGGUACCUCAUAGCUCUUUUUUUUCCCCAAAGUAAUAGAAAGUAGCAGCAUUGCAUCUUCAGUCUGGGUCUUUUAGGUGCUGGAAACAUGAAAAGAGAGACAAAGGUGAGAACAUAAGCCUUGAGAAAUUUUAGUGUGACAGGGUACACAAAAGGGUAAGCAGAGAUUCUGGAAGUACAAGAAAUUGUCAGCUUUUGCACUAAAAGAAAGGCAUUUGAAAACCAAUAAAAUUGUCCCUGGUUCAUCCAGGACUACUUUCACCAAUCUUAACCAUGAGAGAGCAGUGCUUGUAAAGAGCUAUAUAUUUUUGUUAUUUUAUGAACUCAAUAAAAUUGAACUUACCAGAUGUCUGUGACAUGUAGAGACUGAUGUAGUUGAUAACUUUCAGAUUUUAUUUAUAUGAGUCACUAAUAGAAAUAAUUGGUUACACAAAUAUAUUAUUUGUCUCUGAAAUUUCAAGAGUACAUAUAGAAACCUGUCUUAAGUGUGUGGAGAAAACAAGUAUAAUUCUAAGAGAAACAGUGCAGUAAAUUGCAGCUGUAAUUUUUUAUGGAUACAU